AUGUUAUUCUUCUCAAGUAUGAAAAAAGUGGGAUGCCGGAAUAGUCAAAAUUUGUACGAUAUCCCUGAAAGAAUGUUUACAACAGCUCUGCUUCCAGAUAUGCACGAGAAGAAAUGUAGAAAGAGGUCUGUGAAUUGUGAGGAUACAACUUCUUGUACAGCUGUUCUGAUCGAUCCAUGUCAUGAAGCAAUUCAACAUUCAGCUGUUACAGUUUCUUACGACAUAAUGCCACCGCAUCAUUUCGCUGAUUUUUCAUUUUUCGCAUCAUUCGUUGCCACGUUGAUCACUGUUUUAGUACUAAGAAGCAUAGUCAGUCUUUUGUGGACCUUCCGAUAUUUUGAAACUCCUUUUGUUGAUUUGGUUGCGGUUAUUUCGGCACAACAUCGGUACCAUUUCCAAGAAUUGGUUCAAAAUUACAACUCAUUCCUAUCACAGCUUCGACCUCAGCUGUUGAAUCGCUAA